GGAGGAGGCCCCUGAGGUGAGAAAAUGUCCGGCAGCAACGACUGGUUCCCGAGCCCGCGCCCCAGCUUCGCCCAGAUGCUGAAGAAGAACCUGCCCGAGCAGCCGCCUCCGCAGACGGCGGCCGCCCCCGCGGGCUUCCCCGCCGAGAGCCGCGGCCUGGCGGGCAUGGCCUCCAAGCUCACGCCAGUGACGGGUAAUUUUCCAGAACCAUUGCUUUCCAAAAGUCUUUCAUCUAUUUCAAAUCCUGUCCUUCCUCCAAAAAAAAUACCCAAGGAGUUUAUAAUGAAAUACAAGCGUGGAGAGAUAAAUCCCGUGUCAGCAUUGCACCAGUUUGCACAAAUGCAGCGGGUCCAACUUGACCUUAAGGAAACAGUAACAACAGGUAAUGUUAUGGGACCAUACUUUGCUUUUUGUGCCGUGGUGGAUGGUAUUCAAUACAAGACUGGACUGGGACAAAAUAAAAAGGAGUCUAGAUCCAAUGCAGCAAAGUUAGCUCUUGAUGAGCUGCUACAGUUGGAGGAGCCUGAACCAAGGACCUCAGAAACAUCAGGCCCCCCUCCUAUCCCUGCAGAGCCUGUUGUCUCCCCGGAACCAGCUUAUGUCUCCAAAGUGCAUUAUGAAGGGAGACACAUUCAGUAUGCAAAGAUUUCGCUGAUUGUUAAAGAAACAUUUAAUCAACUAAUUUUUAAUAAUUCAGAAUAUCUAAAAUGUAGUAAUUCAUUGGCUGCUUUUAUAAUUGAGAGAGCUGGACAGCACGAGGUGGUGGCGGUGGGCACCGGCGAGUACAACUACAGCCAGUGCAUCAGGCCCAACGGCCGCGUGCUGCAUGACACGCAUGCCGUUGUCACCGCCAGGAGGUCCCUGCUGAGGUACUUCUAUCGGCAGCUUCUGCUCUUCUACAGUAAAAAUCCUGCUAUGAUGGAAAAGUCAAUAUUUUGUACCGAACCAGGUUCUGACCUACUCACUCUCAAGCAGAAUAUCAACAUUUACCUCUACAUGAACCAGCUGCCUAAAGGAUCAGCCCAGAUAAAAUCACAGCUGCGUCUCAAUCCACAUUCCAUAUCCGCAUUUGAAGCCAACGAAGAACUGAGUCUUCACGUGGCCGUCGAAGGCAAAAUCUACCUGACCGUCUACUGCCCUGCUGACGUUGUGAACCGGGUCAGCAGCAUGUCGUCCAGUGACAAGCUAACGCGGUGGGAGGUGCUGGGGGUGCAGGGCGCCCUGCUGAGCCACUUCAUCCAGCCCGUGUACAUCAACAGCAUCCUCGUGGGUGACGGGAGCUGCCAGGACACCAGGGGCCUGGAGAUCGCCAUAAAGCAGCGCGUGGACGAUGCACUCACCUCCAAGCUCCCGAUGUUCUACCUGGUCAGCAGGCCUCAUAUCAGCCUGGUCCCUUCUGCAUGUUCUCUGCAAGCAGCCUCAGAGUGCAGAUCCCUGAGUCUGAACUGGGCGCAAGGGGACAUUUCUCUGGAGAUUGUGGACGGUCUGAGUGGGAAGAUCACUGAAAGCUCCCCGUUCAAGAGCGGCGUGUCCAUGGCAAGUCGACUUUGUAAGGCUGCAAUGUUAAGUCGCUUUAAUCUGCUCGCCAAAGAGGCCAAAAGGGAAGAUUUACUCCAAGCCAGUACAUACCAUGCAGCUAAGGGCAUGUCGGGCCCCUACCAAGAAGCGAAGGCCCUGCUGAGGUCCUACCUGCGGCAGCACGGCUACGGCUCCUGGAUCGUGAAGUCUCCCUGCAUAGAGCAGUUCAGCGUGUGACCGGGCAGCCGCUGUCGUAUUAAAAAUCUUUUAUUUUUGGUGUGUUUUGACUGCUAAACAUAUUUUUAAAAAUUGCU